AUGAACGCGUGCAACAUCCGAGUAUGCUUUGGACAGUGCCAACCUCAGAACUGCGCCGGAAGUAACGCAUACGGACGACGAAGAAGAGGUGUUAACGAAGUCAAUGAGACCCGCGAGAAGCGUGAGGUUGAAGGUAGUGUGUACACCGGUCAGCUUCGGGAGGAGAUAGAGGUCACCUCCAACGCAAUCCUAACCAUAGAACGGAGAAAGGAAUCUAGAGUUGAUCCUAGGACUGGAGAAGAGAAGGAUGAGGAUGUUUGUGUCUCCAAGAUAGGAUUCAUCAUAGCCUUGGUUAUCACAGCACUACUCGCACUUGUUGCUGUUGCUAUUGCUGUGUCCUGCUGGCUAAUGGCCUACAGACGUAAACCCAAGAGUACCGGACCUUUACCUCAUCCUGCAGAGUUCCCUAACCCCCUGUUCACAACCCCUACUCCUCCCCUCCUAGAACCAGCACCAGACUACCUACGCUAA